GGUAACGUUCUCAAACGUCAAACGAGGGAAUCCACUUCGAUCGGGGGCCUGCAAGCUCGAGCCGGCAAGCUCACGCGCGCCGACCAGCCAGCAACGAGUAUCGAUUCGAGCCGGCGCGCCGCUUCUCGGGCGAAUCCGCCCUCGACUCGUCGCAUCUCGUAAGCUCCGUUCGUCGCGCCGCGUUCACGAGCCGGGGGUUUCUCUCCGAGCGGGCAGGUAAAGGGUUUCCUCCGAGCGGCGCGAGUCUGCCGAACAAACGUGGACGACAGGAAAGGCCGGCCAUUACGCGACGUGAUUCUUCCGUUCUCGAUCGAACGAACCGGUUGUGCUCUUAACGUGGAACUUUUCAUCCCCGAAACUCUUCCCUGGAUUACGUGAUUUACUCGACCCGGUGGAAACUCGGUGCGGGUGUGUGUCGUCGCGAUCGAUCGAUUCCGGCCGACACUCGAUCGAGGUAACUAGAACCUCGGCAUCAUGGGCAAAGAGAAGAUUCACAUAAAUAUCGUGGUGAUCGGCCACGUAGACUCCGGCAAGUCGACGACGACCGGGCACUUGAUCUACAAAUGCGGCGGCAUCGACAAGCGGACGAUCGAGAAGUUCGAGAAGGAGGCGCAGGAGAUGGGUAAGGGCUCCUUCAAGUACGCCUGGGUCCUGGACAAGCUGAAGGCGGAACGCGAGCGCGGCAUCACCAUCGACAUCGCCCUGUGGAAGUUCGAGACGGCCAAGUACUACGUCACCAUCAUCGACGCGCCCGGUCACCGUGACUUCAUCAAGAACAUGAUCACCGGGACCAGCCAGGCGGACUGCGCGGUGCUGAUCGUCGCCGCCGGUAUCGGCGAGUUCGAGGCUGGAAUCUCGAAGAACGGGCAGACCCGCGAGCACGCGCUGCUCGCCUUCACGCUGGGCGUGAAACAGCUGAUCGUAGGCGUCAACAAGAUGGACAUGACCGAUCCGCCGUACUCGGAGACCCGCUUCGAGGAGAUCAAGAAAGAGGUGUCGUCGUACAUCAAGAAGAUCGGCUACAACACCGCCUCGGUCGCCUUCGUGCCCAUCUCUGGCUGGCACGGCGACAAUAUGCUCGAGCCGUCUCCGAAAACGCCCUGGUACAAGGGCUGGAAGGUCGAGCGCAAGGACGGCAACGCCGAUGGCAAGACGCUCAUCGAGGCGCUCGACGCCAUCCUGCCCCCAUCCAGGCCCACCGACAAGGCGCUUCGACUACCUCUUCAGGAUGUCUACAAGAUCGGCGGCAUCGGAACCGUGCCUGUCGGCCGGGUGGAGACCGGUAUUCUGAAACCAGGUAUGCUGGUUACCUUCGCGCCGGCGGCCCUCACCACCGAGGUGAAAUCCGUCGAGAUGCAUCACGAGGCGCUGACGGAGGCUCUCCCCGGUGACAACGUCGGCUUCAAUGUGAAGAACAUCUCCGUGAAGGAGCUGAGACGCGGCUACGUGGCCGGCGAUUCGAAGAAUCAGCCUCCACGCGGCGCCGCCGACUUCACCGCCCAGGUGAUUGUGCUGAAUCACCCGGGACAGAUCAGCAACGGUUACACGCCGGUGCUCGACUGCCACACCGCCCAUAUCGCGUGCAAAUUUGCCGAGAUUAAGGAGAAAUGCGACCGUCGUACCGGCAAGACCACCGAGGAGAAUCCGAAGAGCAUCAAGAGCGGCGACGCGGCCAUCGUGAUGCUACAGCCGACCAAGCCGAUGUGCGUCGAGGCUUUUCAGGAGUUCCCGCCCCUGGGCCGUUUCGCAGUCCGCGAUAUGCGUCAGACUGUCGCCGUGGGUGUUAUCAAGAGCGUGACGUUCAAAGAUACUCAGGGCAAGGUAACAAAGGCCGCGGAGAAAGCCCAGAAGAAAAAGUAACCAUCAAGCUUCCUCGGAAGCUCGCAGUCCGGUGGCUGGUGGCCCGUGCCAGCGCCAGCAGGGCCCACUGUCAGGACGCAGCCUGCCGCCGCCGCGGUGGCUGCCCCUAUGCUCGACUCAUACUACUACUACUCGUCGACUAAUACCAAAAGUCAUAAGAUGUUGUGCUUACCCCCGUUACAUUACCCGGUAGUGUUGAAUCCGCGCAUCUAUCCGAAUCUGCACAUUCAGUUCACCCACGCUCCGCGCACGCCUCACAUAUGCUAGGGGAACGCGUAGCUCCGCGUCCUACCGCGUUUAUCAUUAAUUACUCGAUAUUGACGAUAUGUGUCCGAUAUUACCAGGUACUCAGUUCCCUUGGACUCUGUGUAGUUAGGUUUUUCAAUUGAUGAAAUACAACAACAUCCGGCAAAACAACAACAACAAUAAAUGGGGUGUCGCAAAGACAGCCCAAGCCUGGGAUCUCUUCUCGCUCUCGUUGUUCAGCGAGAGGGAAGAGCGAGGCAGCGGCUGCGUCGCCUCUCAUUCUCUCCUGUCCGUCGGAUAUCUUGAUUGAUGUCGCGGGACGUCGCAACGAAUGUAUAUGUUAUUUAUCGCCGCAGCGACGAUGACCCGGAGGCGAGCACCGUCCGCUGACUCGCGCGUCCCAGCAAGACUUCACUCGAUCGAUUCUUUUCGAAGGAUUCGUUAAGGCUGAUUUGUUCCGAGACUUGGUUGCCUCGCUGUGCGCGCGAUUAGUUUUAUCAUAUACUUAUAAGAUACUUAUCCGUAGUUAGGGAUCAUUAGAGAAACUAUAUGCUCCUCCUCCGUUGUCAGCGAGUCGCCGGCUACCUCCUCUCUCGGAGAAAGGAGUCACCUCCUUGAAGAGGACGAGACAUCCGUCGCGAGUCGCCCACGUUAACUCUGGCGCUCUACUACCCUCCCGCUGACCAUAGACACGUUCUAUGAUAUUGUUUUGCCCCUUAGCCAGUAUUACGUUGAUGUAAUAAAAAAUCUUUAAUUGCA